GCGCUGGGACCCCAUGGACCUAGAGUUUCUACGCCAAAAGGUACAAAAAGAAUGGAUAAACCAAAACGCAAGUUUACGCCGAUCCGAGCCCUAAUAGCUUGCGGCCGGGCGUUCUGUCAGCAGACUUCUAUGCAUGGCUUCCUGCACAUCGCUGCUCCUAACAGAUGGUGGGGAGAAAGACUGCUAUGGGCGUUCGCGACAGCUGUAGCGAUCUUGGGAGCCGUGGAGAUAUCCCUCGGGCAGUGGCAGCGGUUCAACGAGAACCCCACAGUCGUAGCUCUGGAGAAGGACUUCAGAUCCUGGCAGUUCUGCAUGCCUGGUCUCACGCUUUGUGCCCAGAACCGAACAGACGAAAAUAAGCUACCCUCAGUAAUCAAGAAAUACUGGGGCGUGGACGCCACAGACCCAAAAUACUCCCGCUAUGAGCAAUUUGUACGUGACGUGGCUAACUCAAGUAUGUUGCAUUUGACGGAUCUUCUGCAACAUGAGGGUGAAGACUUGGAGGUGGAUCUGUACCAACUUGCUGUUGAUGUACUUCCGGAUUACAGUAUAAAGCCUACCUGGUCGAUCCCAAAUCUGCAGGUGCCCUGGUUUUACAUCAUGACUGAGGUUGGAGCCUGCUACGCUACCAACUCCUUGGCUAUCCCUGAUGACGCUAUCGAGGCACUUGGAAAACCCACCGUGAACCAGACUAGUAUGUUCCCGUUGACUUGCAAGUACUCUUCCCUCAACUGCUACGUCACUAUUGAGGUGCCGGUGCCUAUUUAUUUCUACGUUCACUCCCCCUACGAUAUUCUCAACGUGCGCGCCACCCCCAUAGAGGUCGCCCUCGGCAGGAGAAGUCGUCAGAAUUCAGCGUCAUUGAGAGCGGCUGUGGGAGAGGCGUGAGGGAACUCAGUCCCAGACGACGGAGCUGUUUGUACACUGACGAACCACAAGCUAGAGGCCGAAAGGUGUACAGUACCAACAGCUGCCGCCGUUCCUGCCGAAACCAAGAGGCCCUUCGCGACUGCAAAUGUAAACCCUUCUUCAAUCGCAACGAAGAUGGCGUUGCGUGUUCCCUC